UCGCAAUUACCAUUCUGCCAUGUCGCAAGAACCGGAAAAUGAAGCUCCUUCUGAGGAGCUGCUGGUCCAUGGCCGCGCCAAAAGAGCGACGGCGGGAAACCGCAUGCAGUUUCUCAUGCAACAUCUCGAAGACGAAGACGUACGAAAUGACCUACUAGCCGAAGACGAAACCGAUCAACUGGACUACCAACUAUCAGACACCGAAGAUGUCGCCUUUGGAUCCAGUGAUGAUUCGGACGACGACGGUCCACCACGCGACGGCCAGGAUGAGGAACUACAGGGAGAGAAAGAGCUACAGAAGGCCGAACGCGCAGAGGCACGCAAGAAGAAGCGCAAGGCCAACGACUUUGCCAACAUGCCACUCAAUCCUCUCAUGAAACGCCAAAGACUUGCUGCUACAAACUCGCUACUCGCGCCCCGUCCGCGCAAGAAGUCCGAACGCAUAUCCUGGCUUCCAACACUCGACGAUGCGCCAACACGUCAAUCCAGACGUCGCCAGACCGUCGCGAACAAGGAACAGACAGAGGCAAAGCUGAAGGAGAGUCAGAAGCGCUCAGAGAAGGCUCACGAGCUUAUGAAGAUCGCUGCCGAGAAGAAGGCCGCUGCUGCCGUUCCUGCCCUCACUCAGGAGGACCGUAUGAAGAGAGCUCUUAAGGUGGAGAAAGAAAACAGCAGGACACUCAAUCGCUGGGAGAAGGCCGAGGAAGAGCGCCAAAUCGCUCAACAAAGGAGACUGGAAGCCUUGAGAGACAGACAACUGGAAGGUCCCGUCUUCAGGUACUGGAGUGGUUCGGUCGUCUGGGAAGGGGAAAAAAUCAAGGUCAAGCGCGUCCAUCAGCCUAGGAUCGAACCUGUCGUUGAAAGCAAACCGAAGCCUGCCGCAGAAGUCGUAUCCACGGACACACCUUCACAACCUCCUACCACCGAUGCCGACAAGACGCCAACUCAAUCAGACGCACAAGGAGACAAGCCGGUACAUGUGCCAGCAGACGCCGAACAUACCGAAGAUACGGUCAUGGUAGACGCAACAUCUGAAGCGACGACUAUUCCACGGCCAGAACAACCAACGGAUGAAGUCUUGGCCUUGGAAAAGGAGCAGGCGAUGUCUCCGAAGAACACGAUCGAGACGACUGAGGAGACAUUGCCGGAUGCAAAGUCUGCUGAGGAAAAGGUUGCUGAGGGAAGGCCUUCUGGGGACAAGGCGCCUGAGGAGAAAGUAUCUGAGCCAAACACGGCGCAGCCUACUCCCGCUCCUGACCAAAAGUCACCGUCGUUCUUGGAUGGCAUCCACUACUGGGCUUCUCAAUCACCAGAGGCUACUGCACAGAAGAAGAAUGAUCCAUCAUUACAAACCCCUACUCCGGUACCUGCUACUCAAACACAAACAGCAGAGACAGCGCCUGUUCAGACACAACCUCAGCAAACACCUGUGCCUGAGCAAUCUCAACAAACAACGAUCACCGAUCAUCCCCAAGCUCCUCUCCCUCAGGCUCCUUCGGUACAACCAGCAGACACCCCAUCACAACCAACACCAUUCGACAUAUACCCACAAGCCCAACAACCAGAGACCACCACACCACAACCGCCACCCAUCCCUCUAAUUCGCGAACAAGCCCAACGCUCUCUAGUAAUCCUCGAAGCCUUCCCCGAACUCGAUCCCUCCAUCCUCCCUCCUCCCGCCCCAUCAAGCAAAAGGUCAACCGCAACUUCGACUCUCCUCUCCAGCGUCUUCAUCCCUGACGCUCUACCCCACCUCACCCCCCAAGAAGCCAAAUAUCUCACCUCCAAGUCCGCAAAGAAGAAGGAGUUCUUACCUCCCCCGCCUCCAAAACCUGUUUGUGCGAUUACUGCAAAACCGGCGAAAUUCAGAGAUCCAAAGACGGGGAUUGCGUAUCAGGGGUUGGAGGCUUAUAAAGCGCUUCAAAGGGUUAGUGCUGGAGGAUGUAGAUGGGGAGGGCAAGGGUGGGAUUGCUGGAUGGGCAUUUUGGGAGAGGGUGUCAUGGGGAGAGUGGCUAGAGGUGUGCCGGAGUGUUUUGUUACUGGACGGGUUGUUAGGAAGGAGGUGGUGAAGGAGAAGGAAGUUAAGAGUGAGGAGGGUGGGAAGGAGGGUGUUGCUCCUGUUGCUGCGCCAGUCGGGGCAUCAGUUGCUGCUCCUAUGGCCGCUGUUGCUCCUGUGGCUCAUGUUGCUCCUAUUGCUGUAGCUGCACCUGGGCCUUCUACGACCACAUCUGCACCCACCAUUGCUCCUUGAUGGAGACACUAGCAUAAACCCAAGCACAAGAAAUGACAUCCCUAAUGAUUAUGAUCACCCAUCACUCG